AUGGCUUUCAAAUUCGUUGUACUCUCAGCUCUUUUGGCUGUCGCCAGCGCCGGUGUGUUGCAGCCCGUCACCUACGCCCACUACGCUAAUCCCGCCGUCGAUGCCGUCGCCUCCAGUCACCAGAACGUCGUACGCACUUUCGAUGGUACUGUCUCACAGUACUCGAAAUCCAUUGAAACUCCCUACUCCAGCGUUCAUAAAUCGGAUACUCGCGUCAGCAAUAAUGUCUACACUCCUGCUGUGGCCAAGACUGUCACUUACGCAGCAGCGCCUGCUGUAGCUAAAACGGUCUAUGCUGCUCCAGCUCCAACCGCUUACUAUGCACACUCCGCUCCAGUUGCUAAAACUGUAGCCUAUGCGGCGCCAGCUGUCGCCAAGACUGUGUCCUACGCCGCUCCAGCACACACAUCAGCUUUGUACACCCACGCCACUCCCAUCGUUAGCAAGGCUGUGUAUGCACCUGCUCACGCCCACUCCAUCAAGACUGUGGCUUACGCUGCUCCUGCUCCAGUGUAUCAACAUGAAGUACCUGUUGCCAAAACUGUAACGUAUGCUGCCCCAGCUGUGGCAAAGUCUGUCACCUAUGCUGCUCCAGCUCCAGUUUACCACCAGGCAGCUCCAGUUUACCACCAUGCAGCUCCUGUCGCCACCACCAAUAUUAACCACGGAUCAGCUGCGACUACAUACACCCACAAUGCUCCCGGACUGUCCGGUUAUGGUUCCAGCCAGACAGUGCACUACUCACCAGCUAAUACCGCUUCGCACAUGAGCUUCGAUGGUUUCGGUACCCACUGGGGUUGGUAA